AUGGAUCCCUCCCAUCUCCAUCUCGCACAGCCCUCCCAUCAGUAUGCCCUCGACCCGGAGCUGACAGCUACUUCCUACACAACCCCAAUUGGGGUCCCCCAACUCCAGCACUCCCUCCUCCAAUCCCAGCCCUCCAUCAACCCAUCCGCCACCGGCACAGACGAACUCCCGUGGCCGCAGCGCGUCCUCAGCGAAGUCCGCGACCUUUUACUCCUUCUCAGUCCAGACGGACUGGUCAACUACAUCUCGCCAUCAUGCAAGGAGAUCAUGGGCUUCGAGACGCCCCAUUUCGAAAACGACUACCUCUCGCGCUUCAUCCACGACGACGACAAGCCCGUCUUUACGCGUGAGCUCCGCGACUCCGUGAGCACGGGCCGCCCGUUCCACUGCCAUUUCCGCAUGUACCAGUUCGACAACUCGACGUGCUUGUUUGAGGCGAAUGGACACCCGCAUUUCGGGCCCGGCAACAACAAUGACGCCACCGGUGCAAACCAGCAGCAGCAGCAGCAGUUCUGCAACGGCGUCUUCCUCGUCUGUCGGCCCUACCUUACCCCCAGCAAGCACCUAAUCGACUCAUUCCUCGAGCACAAACUCGAGAAUAUCCGACUCAGGGAACGAAUCGCGCAGCUCAAGCGCGAAGAGGAGAGUGACCUCGCCGCAGCAGCACAGCACAGCCGGCUAAACCUUGCACCCCGUCCAACUUCCCAAGCAAGUAGGAGCUUCACGUCGAAUCUAGAUCCGUCGUUACUUUCCGUUGGCCCUGGUGCCGCCGGCGAUGGAAACGAGUCCUCUGAUACAAUGGACAACGCCAACGAGCUGGAUAUCAGGCGUUCCGGAUCCGGCGCGUCCGGCGGCCAGGUCGAGGAAGCACCGCCUCAUCUUAACGACGUCGAGCUCCUGACGGGUCUGUAUCUGCGAGAGGGCGAACGAUCCCAGGGUAUAAGCACGGGAUUGCGUGAAAACAGACUCUAUAAUCAACUUGCCGGCGCGAAUGCUUCUAACACCACUGCCAAUACUAAUACCAAUGCCAACCCCCCGUCCAUUAUGGAGCAGCGUGUACCGCCAGAAAGCGAGCCCAGGAAGAGGCUGCGUGCCGAGUACAAAUGCGCGGACUGCGGCACGUCUGAUUCGCCGGAGUGGAGGAAGGGGCCUGAGGGGCCGAAGACGCUGUGUAAUGCUUGUGGGUUGCGGUGGGCGAAGAUGGAGAAGAGGAGGCAGGAUACUGGCUGA